UGCAAGGAUGGCUGGGCUCAACAAAUGUUGUUAUUCUCGUAUAUUUAUUCGAAAGAUGUUUAAAGUACGGAGGUUUCAUAACGCGUUAUUUGGUUUAUUAGUUGGAUUGUUUUGUUUAACCAUAUAUAACAAACAAUCAAAUUCCUGGGAUGCUAAGGAUACUAGUGAGUUAUUAAGUGAAGAAAUCGACUCCCAAGAGUCCUACAUGAGUGGAAGAAAAUUUCAGGAACUAAAUGAGAGGACACAGCACCUAAAUAAUGAAGAGGAAGUCGAUAUUGUUUACACAUGGGUUAACGGUUCAGAUCCCGACUUUAUACGGAACUUUGAACAAUUGAUGAAGAAUGAGAAAAAGAGCAAAUCAGACAUUGUGGCGUUAAAUCGAUACAACGAUUGGGGAACACUAAAGUACUCACUGAGAUCUGUCGAAAAAUUUCUACCAUGGAUAAGACAAAUCUUUAUAGUCACGAAUGGACAGAUUCCGUAUUGGUUGACAUUGAAUAAUCCAAGAAUAAGCGUCGUUAUGCAUGAAGAAAUCUUCGAAAACAGAUCACAUUUACCCGCGUUCACAUCCCCUGCGAUAGAAUGCCAUAUCCACAAGAUACAUGGACUCUCGAAAAGAUUCAUAUACAUGAAUGAUGAUAUAAUCAUUACUAAGAAACUGCAGUUUUCUGAUUUUUAUUCAGAAAAAGAAGGGCAUAAGCUUCGAUUUAUACAAGAAAGACUCGAACAUUGUAACGCAUUAUGUCCUGCUAACAAUGUGAAUAAUGGUAUAUGUGAGGUUAAUUGCACCACAGCCAGUUGUGAAUUUGACGGGGAUGAUUGUAAAAGAUUUAAGGAACUACCUGCAUACCCUGGGACAGACAAAGAUUUUUUGUACGACAGCUGGAGUGGUUCUUUAAGACACACCCAUUUCAUACUCAAUAAAGCGUUCGGCCCACGAGACAGAUAUAUACCGGAGCAUGCAGCAAUUCUGAUUGAUAAAGAUCUUUUUGCUGACUUGAUUAAAAGUUUUCGCGAGGAAUGGGAGAUAACAUCUUCUACUAAGAUACGACACCAUUUGACUAUUCAACCGGAGUUCGCAUAUUAUAACUAUUUGAUAAUUCUGGGACAAUCUAGAGCAAAGGGUGUUAAAACAACGAGAAUAUGGACAAAAAAGAACGCUGAGAAGAUCGAUUUCUUCAUGGACGACAGAGGUCGAAUAGAACGUUUGAUGCAGUAUAAAUUGUGCAGGCGGGAGCUGCUACUAAAACAACCAAAAUUCCUGGUAUUUUCAGACCAUUUUAACCGCGUGCUAUACGACGCAGAGAAGAGAGAAAUACAGGAUUCCCUCAGAACAUUCUUACAAAACAUGUUUCCAAAGGCGUCUGAAUUUGAGUUGAAAUAGAUUUUUGUUGUCAAAAUUAAGUUAAACAUAUAUGUCAGGUUUUGGUAAGUGGUCUGUCCGUCGCCCCAGUAUUUGUGAAUAAGUGUUGGUAAUCUUGUUAAGAACUCUUAAAUGUUUAGAAUUCGUUUGUAUAACCAAGGAUGAACAACAGUGCGCAGUGUUGCUUAAAGUGUAUAUCGAUGUCAGAUGGGCAAUAAAGUCAUGAUAUUCGAGUUAAAUUUCCAAUCAAACGUUUACACAAAGUUGAAUGCAUAUCUUGAACUGUGAACUUCACUAAUGAAUGCAAGCUGCGGCCGUGAACUUCACCAUCUAAGGCAUAUCUGGAGCGAUGAACUUCGCCACUAAAUUUCACAAAUGUUUAGGUUCGUGGCAUAAGAGAUGUUAACUGCUAGAGUGUCCAUAAGGAGACUGCAACGGCCUUGCUGAAUGUGAUGUUUAUGUUUAUGAUGCAAGAAAUGAGAAUGGUUUUUGUUUUUUUUGCGGAUAUUUAUAUUUAAGCAGUAGAUUUUUAACGUAACAAAUGAGACUUCAACCGAAGUUGAUAAUGACCAUAUAACAAAAUUGCUUUUUUCCCCCACAGCUUUAGCCCUCGUCUAUAUAUAGGGGUUACUACACCCCAGACCACCCUAAAACCUUUAUGUGAUGUAUCCCUUUGAUUUUAUCAAUAUUUUGUUUUUCUGAAAAAUAAAACGACUUGUAAUCUUCUCGUUGUGUAACAGAAAAUUAAUUAAAAAGAGAUUUUUUUUUAACUUUUUGAAAAAAAGUUGCAAAACUGCACUUUUAUGCUUUAAACAUAGUCAGUGACGUUAGAAAUCAGCUUAUUGAUGCUCUAAGGGCA